AUGGGCGCCUCGGCCUCCAGCCAGCUGGACGAGGGCAAGUGCGCCUACAUCCGAGGUAGUAAAAAAGCCUUAAUGCUAAAAGCACUUUCAGAAGAAAAUAUAGGAGGACAGCCUUAUGAAGAAAAUAGUAAGGAAGGAUUUCCUAAGCCAGGGAAAACUGAGGCUGCUAUCAAAAACUUCAGUCCCUACUACAUUCGCCAGUACUCUGUGGCUUUCUGCAACCAUGUGCGCAGUGAGGUAGAACAGCAAAGGGAUUUAGCAUCACAAUUUUUGAAGACCAAGCCACCAUUGGAACCUGGAACUGUUUUGUAUGAAGCAGAACUAUUACAGUUUGCUGAAGAUAUAAAGAAAUGGAAGGAGAGAUAUGUUGUGAUUAAAAAUGAUUUUGCUGUGGAGAGCUAUGAGAACAAAGAGGCCUAUCAGAAACGAGCUGCUCCUAAAAGCCGAAUUCUUCCAGCCGGUGGCAAGGUGUUAACCUCAGAAGAUGAAUAUAAUUUGUUAUCCGAUCGGCAUUUUCCAGACCCUCUUGCAUCCAACGAGAAGGAGACUGCUCCGCCUUUUGUGGUCUUGCCGAAGGAAUAUCCAGUGUACCUGUGGCAGCCAUUCCUCAGACACGGCUACUUCUGCUUCCACGAGGCAGCUGACCAGAAGAAGUUCAGUGCUCUCCUGAGCGACUGCAUCAGACAUCUAAAUCACGAUUACAUGAAGCAGACAACGUUUGAAGUCCAAGCCUUUUUAGAAGCUGUUCAAUUCUUCCGACAGGAGAAGGGUCACUAUGGCUCAUGGGAGAUGAUCACUGGUGAUGAAGUCCAGAUCCUGAGUGACCUGGUGAUGGACGAGCUCCUGCCAACCCUUCAGACAGACCUGCUGCCGAAAAUGAAGGGGAAGAAGAAUGACAGAAAGAGGGCCUGGCUUGGUCUCCUGGAGGAGGCCUACAACCUGGUCCAGCAUCAAGUUUCAGAAGGAUUAAGUGCCUUGAAGGAGGAAUGCACAGCUCUGCGGAAGGGCCUGGAAGGAACCAUCCGUUCAGACAUGGAUCAGAUUGUGAACUCAAAGAACUUUUUAACUGGAAAGCUCCAAGCAAUGGUGGCCCAACCAGCAGAGAAAAGCUGUGCGGAAAACGUGCAACCUUUCCUGGCGUCCAUUCUGGAGGAGCUCAUGGGACCGGUGAGCUCAGGAUUCAGUGAAGUACGCUCCCUCUUUGAAAAAGAAGUGGACGAGCUUAGCCAGAAUUUUCAGACCACCAAAGACAGCACCCAGCUAGAGGAGCAUCUGAACCAGCUUUUGAAUCUCCCGCUGGAUUCCGUGAAGAUGGAACCUUGUUAUAGUAAAGUCAACCAGCUGCAGGAGCGCUUGCAGGAUCUCAAGAGCCGCUUCAGAUUCCCCCACGUCGACCUGGUGGUGCAGAGGACCCAGAACUACAUGCAGGAGCUCAUGGAGAAUGCAGUAUUUACUUUCGAGCAGUUGCUUUCCCCACAUCUCCAAGGGGAGCCCUCCAAGACUGCAGUCGCAAUAGAGAAGGUGAAGCUUCGCGUCUUAAAGCAAUAUGAUUAUGACAGCAGCACCAUCCGGAAGAAGAUAUUUCAAAAGGCACUGGUUCAAAUCACACUUCCCACCGUGCAGAAGGCGCUGGCAUCCACGUGCAAACCAGAACUUCAGAAAUAUGAGCAGUUCAUCUUCGCAGAUCACACCAAUAUGAUCCAUGUGGAAAAUGUCUAUGAGGAGAUAUUACAUCAGAUGCUCCUUGAUGAAGCUCUGAAAGUGAUAAAGGAAGCUGCCAUCCUGAAGAAACAUAACUUGUUUGAAGACAACAUGGCCCUGCCCAGUGAAAGCGUGUCCAGCUUAACUGAUCUAAAAACCCCUGCAGGGUCAAACCAGGCCAGCCCUGCCAAGAGAGCCUCGGCCAUUCUGCCAGGAGUUGUGGAUAAUGAGACGUUGAGUAAUGACGUAUUCCAGGAGUCAGGGGAAAAGCAGCUGCCUGGGGUCCCCAGUCCGCAGGGCAAAGAAGAAAGCCUUUCUUACCCCGGUGGGGAUGGGCAGGUAAUUAUUUCAAGCACGGAUGACCCAGUGGUGAAUCCUGUGGCUGCAGAGGACACGGCAAGAGCCCUGGGCACACACUCAUCAGAGCUGGAGUUUGGAGGGACUCCUGAGCACGAAGAACCCGCCCACGAAAAGCCAGAGGCCAUCUCUGCCUCAGGCUCCUUAAAGGAACUCAGAAAUUUGUUGACAGUGACCAUUGAAGUACCAAUGGAGGCUGCCACCCUCGCAAUUGAAAAAGGCACAAAUCAGGAGACCCUCGUUCCCCAAGAAACUGAAAAAGAAGAGGAAACAACCCAAAUCUACACAGAGGCUGAUCAAGUAGCUGCCUCCAGUCAGGACAACUGUGGAGAAAGUGAAGUCAGGGAGAGCCAGGCCCAGGCCGGUGGUUUGGAGUUGGGGGGAUUUGCAGAGGCUCAGUCAGCCUGCGGAGGGCUCAGCGAGGGCGCCCAAGGCCCAGGCCCCACAGAGGAGCAAGCAGAGGCUAGAGAGCCUGCUGAGGGGGAGCUUGCAGGGAGGGCUUCCGGGCCGGACACCCACGAAGGAGGGACCAUGUGCGCUGUCGAGGGUGAGGCCAUGCCCCAAGGGGGUUGCCUUUUAAGUUCUGACCCUGUUGGCCUCAGUGAGAGCGUGGUCGCUGUGGAAGAAGCAGCAGUGGGAGGGAAAGGCGACACGACCGAGGCUCCUGCCAGUGUGGAUGCAGGGAAGGUGAAGGGUCCCCGUGUUCAUGAGUGUCAGUGGGUGGUCGAGAAUGUUCCAGACACUGACAACCUAGCUCCACCGAGAGAGGAUGCGAAGGAGAGCUCCCCAGAGCAGCCCUCAGAGGAGUGAAAGGGACGAUUAGGCAAAGGCAUUUAUUUGAACAAACUCAGCUAAUGGGUUAGUUAUGGGUACACGCUUAGGGGGUGCAUGUGGGUUGUUACCCAAAAAAAAAAAAUAAAAAAUAUUAAGUACUGCCUUAAUUUGUAGGAUGAAAUUAGAGGAAA